AUGCCAGUGCUGUACAAAUACCGGAAGAGGACGUCGGCUUUGGCCUCGGAUCUGCGGGCCGCCAUCGAGCUGGGAAACUAUGCGGCGGUGAAGCAAUGCAUCACGCGCAACCGGCGCCUGACCAACUGCCGCAUCGGCCGGGCGGCAGAUCACCCGGUGCACUUGGCCGCGCAGUCCGGCCACCAGCACAUCGUCCGACUGCUGUUAAACCGCGGCGCCAACCCCAACGCCCGGAACAAGCACAUGAUGACACCCGCACACCUGUGCGUGUUGCACUGCAGACACGAAGUGGUCGAGUUGCUCAUCCAGCACGGCGCUGACCCGGCCGCUACGGACAGUGCCGACAACACGCCCUUGGACCUGGCCACGUUGUUGAAUGAAAUACGAUGUAUAGACGUGUUGCUGAACUGUGCCAUGCCGAAAAGUGUGGUGAACAAAGCGCUUUACAAAGCCGCUCUACGAGACAACAUUAUAUUGAUGAACAGACUGCUCAACCGCGGAGCGGACAUAGACUACAAGGACCCGUCGACGGGGUUCACGGCACUCCUGCUGGUGGCGAAGAGCAAGAACGAGAGGGCCACUCAGUUCUUGCUGGAAAAGGGCGCCGAUCCUAUGGUACACGACCUUUACGGUUGGACGUGUCUACAUUGUGUCGUCUUUUACGAGUGUCCCGACCGGAUACUGAAGACGAUUUUGUUGAAGACCUGUGGCCGGGAACUGAUCGACUCCCGGACGUUCAAACAGGAAACGGCCCUACACUUGGCCGCCAGUCGAGGAAAUGAGGCGGCGGCGGUGACGUUGCUCCAGGCGGGCGCCCGCGUGGAUCUCCUCGACCACAAGUCUCGGACUCCGCUGUUGACCGCACUACACAGACAAAAUGACGCGAUGGUCAGGCUAAUGGUUUUGGCGGGCGCCAACGUGAACCGUGCUCCCGGUUCGACCCGUGCGCCCCUGCACACGGUCGUCGCUCGGAACAACUUGUUGCUGACCCGGCUCAUGCUCGAACACGGCUCCGUCGUCGUGGAUCUGCACAACGACGAUUUGAACUGGACGGUCAUCCAUUCCGCCUGCGAGUCUGGGGACGAGGACAUGUUGAAGUGCCUUCUGGCGUACGCAGAGCCCCACGUGCUGCAAGUGCUGCACUCCGGUGGCUGGCCCAGACCGCCACUCGUGGUGGCCGCUUCGAUGGGCCAUUUGCCGGCGGUGGACGCGCUGUUAGCGUGCGGCGUGGACGUGAACUCGCGCUGCGUCAACGGCGAGACGGCGCUGCACGCGGCCGCCCGGGGUAACUGGCCGGUGCUGGUGGACCGACUGUUAGACGCGGGCGCGUGCGUCGACGUCCGUGACGCGAUAACCGGCCGCCGACCGCUGGACGUGGCCGUGUACACGUGGGGCCACCACUUUACGGUCACCGCUCACCUGGUGCACUCGAUGCGGUUGGCCAAGGCGGUGGUCCGGCACGACUUGGACGCCGUCGAGUUCCUACUGGCGUGUGAUGUGUCGCCAAACAUGACCACAGAGGCGUUCGGGUCACCUCUGCAUGUGGCCGUGCGGCACCACCGUUACCGCAUGAUGGCAACCUUACUAUCGUCGAACCGUUGCCGUACGACCGUCCGCCACAACGACGCCACACCAUUAGACUACGCAGUGGCCAUGGGCGACGACCGCGCCGCUAAGAUGAUAUUGUGGCGGGACCAGCGACGCAAGCGGUGCAGACAUCCGUCGCUGACCGCCGUGACUCCUUCUGCGAAACAGACACUGCAGAAAGCUGCAGAACACAGGCGGGCGUCUAUCUGA